AUGGGUUCAGUUCUAGCGAAUGGAACCAGGGCUGUAGCCCUUAACAUCUUUGGACAUAAAGUUCAAGGGGGUAUGCAGGACAUGGGCAUGAUCUCCACAGCAGUAGUGUUCGUAGUACAGAUGUUCUUGUGCCAGGUGGUGGAUACACGCCCAGAAGUAGAAUACAUAACACUUGAAAUGUUUCUAAGAACUAGUGUUAUUGUAAGAACAGGAAGUGCUCCUCCAAGCAGUAUGCUCCUCUUUCCUCCUAUUGAAAUAAAGAUGGAAGAUGAAAAGAAAGAGAACAGAUUUGCGGCUGAGCUGGAUGAAUAUGGAUCAGAUACAAUGAGUGAAAUAAAUAUUGUUGGGCGGAUUAUCUUAAAUAUUUGGAGAAUGAUGAGAAACGAGGUGAAUCUAAUGAACUACACUUUUGAAAACGUGGGCUUUCAUGUUCUUCAUCAACGUUUUCCUUUAUUUACUUUCCGAGUUCUGUCUGAUUGGUUUGAUAAUAACGCAGAUGUCUACAGAUGGAAAAUGGUUGAUCAUUAUGUUAGCCGGGUCCGUGGGAAUCUCCAGUUGUUGGACAAACUGGAUUUGAUUGACAGAACAAGUGAAAUGGCAAGACUUUUUGGCAUUCAGUUCUUACAUGUAUUAACAAGAGGCUCCCAGUAUCGUGUGGAGUCUAUGAUGCUGCGUAUUGCAAAGCCAAUGAAUUAUAUUCCUGUGACACCCAGUAUCCAGCAGCGAGCUCAAAUGAAAGCCCUGCAGUGUGUCCCCUUGAUAAUGGAGCCAGAAUCCCGCUUCUACAGCAAUGCUGUUCUUGUAUUAGACUUCCAGUCGUUAUAUCCUUCCAUUGUGAUAGCAUACAACUACUGUUUUUCAACCUGCCUGGGACAUGUUGAAAACUUAGGAAAAUACGAUGCAUUCAAAUUUGGCUGUACAUCUCUCAGAGUACCUCCUGACUUACUUUACCAGAUUAGGCAUGAUAUCACAGUGUCACCCAGUGGAGUAGCUUUUGUCAAGCCUUCAGUAAGAAAGGGUGUGCUGCCAAGAAUGCUAGAAGAAAUCUUGAAGACUAGGAUAAUGGUGAAGCAGUCAAUGAAGGCUUAUAAGCAUGACAAGGCUAUAACUCGAAUGCUUGAAGCUCGUCAGUUGGGUCUUAAAUUUAUAGCUAAUUUUACAUUUGGUUAUACUGCUGCUAAUUUUUCUGGAAGAAUGCCAUGCGCUGAGGUUGGGGAUAGCAUUGUGCACAAAGCCAGAGAAACAUUGGAGCGUGCUAUAAAACUGGUGAACGAUACAAAAAAAUGGGGUGCUCACGUUGUGUAUGGGGAUACUGACAGCAUGUUUGUACUCUUGAAAGGAGCCACGAAGGAGCAGUCUUUUAAGAUUGGUCAAGAAAUUGCUGAAGCUGUAACAGCAACAAACCCCAAACCCGUUAAACUGAAGUUUGAAAAGGUCUACUUGCCAUGUGUCCUGCAAACGAAAAAGAGGUACGUGGGUUACAUGUAUGAAACGCUGGACCAGAAGGACCCAGUAUUUGACGCAAAAGGCAUAGAGACUGUCCGAAGGGACUCCUGUCCUGCUGUUUCCAAGAUACUUGAGUGUUCUAUCAAGCUGCUGUUUGAAACACGGGACAUAAGUCAGAUCAAACAGUACGUUCAGAAUCAAUGCAUGAAGUUACUGGAAGGAAAAGCCAGCAUGCAAGACUUCAUCUUUGCAAAAGAGUACAGAGGGAGCUCAGCUUACAGACCUGGCUCCUGUGUGCCAGCCCUGGAAAUCACCAGGAGAAUGCUCGCCCAUGACCGUCGCUCUGAACCACGAGUUGGGGAGCGAGUGCCCUACGUCAUUGUGUACGGCAUGCCCGGGCUGCCCCUGAUUCAGCUGGUGAGGCGGCCCAUUGAAGUCCUGCAGGAUCCCAGCCUGAGGCUGAAUGCUGCCUACUACAUCACCAAACAGAUUCUGCCGCCGCUGGCGAGGGUCUUCUCGCUUAUUGGCAUAGACGUCUUCAGCUGGUACCGUGAGUUGCCACGGAUUCAAAAGGCUGCUGCCUCGGCUGCCCGCAGUGAGCUAGAAGGACGCAAAGGCACAAUCUCCCAGUAUUUCACGACCUUACACUGUCCCGUGUGCGAUGAACUGACCCAGUAUGGGAUCUGUAAUAAAUGCAGAAGCCAGCCACAGCACGUGGCAGUGAUUCUCAACCAAGAAAUCCGAGAGCUGGAGCGUAAGCAAGAACAGCUGGUCAAGAUAUGCAGGAACUGUACGGGCUGCUUUGAUCGACAGAUCCAGUGUGUCUCCCUCAACUGCCCCGUACUUUUCAAGCUCUCCAGAGUAAGCAGAGAACUGUCAAAGGCUCCGUAUCUUCGCCAGCUGCUUGACCAGUUUUAA